CCUUUCUUUCUUUAAAUAACAAAUGGAUAUUGAUUCAAAUAAUAAAGACAGUGGCAUUUCGAUUAAAAGUUGGUGGAAAAAAUUCACUCAUUUGAGCAAACAAGUGAUUCCAAAAGAAGUAGAGGAUCAUAUAUUUGGUGUACCAUUAGAGGAAAGCGUGCAAAACGCAAAGGCAACAAUAGGUUAUGCGGAUAAUGGCAUUCAGUACAUUGGCUUUAUUCCAGUUAUUGUUGCUAAAUGUGGUUCAUUCUUGAAAGAUCAAGGUCUUUAUACUGAAGGUGUAUUUCGCGUUAGUGGAAGUGCAAAACGCAUAGGAGAAUUACAACAAAUAUUUAGUACAGCACCAGAUUAUGGCAGAGGCCUAGAUUGGAAAGGAUAUUCUAUUCAUGACGCAGCAACUGUAUUACGAAGAUACUUGAAUUACCUUCCAGAGCCAGUUAUAGUUCCAUCACUUUAUCAGGCAUUUAGAGACACACUAAACUUGGAUAAUGAAACAAAGACAGUCGAACAAUAUCAGUACUUGAUUGGAACAUUGCCAUUGUAUAAUCAAUAUUUGCUAUUCUACUUGCUUGACUUGAUGGCUCUCUUUGCCCAACAUGCCCAUACAACCAAGAUGGAUGCUUUUAAUUUAGCUGCCGUAUUCACUCCAGGCAUUUUGUUAGACCCUGAUAAUUCACUACACCCAGCACAGUACAAACUAUCCCAAAAGGUAGUCCAAUUUUUGGUAGAACAUCAACACUGCUUCAAGAUGCCCAAAUCAGCUUGGCUGCCUACAUCCAAUCAAGAUAUGUCUCAACCUACAGUUCAAACUAGACCUCCACCUUUACCUCUUCAUAUAUCAGGUCCAGCUGCUAUCAGCGAUAAAACAGAUGACGACAUGGACUGGUCGCCCAUCGACAAAUCUGGCAAAAUUAAAAGAUCGAAAACAAUGCCUACGAAGCCGUCAAGAUAUGGUCUCAAUGAUCCUUUACAAGUCAUUCAAUUGAACAAAUCAUAGACGAGAAAGAUCCUACAUUCUUUUUACACAUACACACAUAUUACAUAGUAUAUAGCAUCCUCACCCUUUUCUCCUCCGUAUUAAUUCUCCAUCCUUCCCCUCCCCCCCCCC